GAGUUCAACUAACUGAGAAUCUGUCACCUUGAAUACAUCUGAUUUUGAGUUGGUGAACAAAAAAGGACAAGAUAAUGUCUUCAUUUUAUGUAGAAUAUUUAGUGUAUUGUUACAUAGCAAUGUGCUGUGAGUUGUGAAUGAAUGUCACAUCCUGGAUUACAGGGUUUCUUUAUUUGGUUUCGUGCACCAAAGAUGUAUUAUUUAAUUGUAAUCGGUAUUAGAUCCAUUCUGUCUCUCCUCCAAGAGCCCGGUCCUGGCUUUGUGCUUUUCUGCAGUGAGAAUCACCGAACACGAGGGGGAGAUAUACUGCAACACUGAAGCCAGGGCGGAACUCUUGAGCCGUUUCACAUUUUUUACACGGGCGAUUUUUGCGACGGACCGAAGCUAAGUGCCUGGCGAAAUGGAAGUGUAAGAAUUUCAUUUUAAACUCUGAAUAUUGUGCAAUGUGUUUGUUAUUUGGCGGCUCUAUGGUUUGUUUAUUAUGGUUAAAAGUAACGUCACGACGUCUUUGUUGCAAUUUCCGGUUAAUUUAUUGAUCGAGUUGUGGGAAAGAUGUAGUGACACAUUAACUGGUUUUAGACCCAUUUCAGGUCUCUGUGAUUGCAAUUAAAAAAACAUUAAUUGUCUUUAAAAAAAGAAAUGAUAAGACAAUAACGAUCUACUCUGAAAGUGAAUACGUUAGCUAAAACCUUAGUUCACACUGGUCCCGACAACACUGCAGCAGCUGAUGCAACACUGAGACUUUGUGUUGGUGGAUUUCUACAUAUAUAUGGUUCAAAUAAUUCCUGCUUGGAGGAACUAUUGUCUGACAAAUAGCCACAAGCUGACACCAUUUUUAAAAACUUAAUAAAAUGAUAGAAAAGUUUUAAGAGCAUUUUCUAAUUUGCCUAUUCUUCUUUUUGUCCUGUCUGCUUGUCUAAAUCACAACUUCCUGUGAAUUUUACUCUAAUCAUAAAUACUUUUGUCACGUUUAUUUAACCAAAAUAGUCUAAACUCAAAGGUAAAUCAUUCAUCUUCCGGAGGUUUGAGUCAAGUCUCACAGUCUUCAUUCAGUACAAUUAAGAUCCAUUUAGAAGCUAAACUGACCUUUCAUCUUAGAUUAUUUGGUGUCAUAUAAAGUUUGCAACAGUCAAGAAUGAACUUAUGCUUAAUCGUGACUUAUUUUCUUCUUUUCAGGAAAAACGCAAAUGCUGCUAUGCUCAGUAACUAUGAGGUGUUCAAACUCCUGACAGACCUGAAGGAGCAGAGGAAGGACAGCGGGAAGAGCAAACAGCAGAACCUCAACACCAUCACGUUUGAGACACUGAAGUACCUGUCGAAGACGCCCUGCAGCAGGCAGACUCCAGAGAUCGUCAAAGAGUUUCUCACCACCAUGAUGCCUCACAAACUCACAAAGGCCGAAAAACUGCAGCUAUUGAACCACCGGCCACAGACAGCAGUGGAAAUUCAGCUAAUGGUGGAGGAGAGUGAGGAGCGGUUAUCAGAGGAGCAGAUCGAGGAGCUCAUCCACACGGUUGCAGACGUCCUACCUGGUGACCCAGAGCAGGAGAACGCAGCUCCAGCAGAAGCAGAGAUCGAUGAAGCCGUCGAACAGUCAUGACACAGUGACGGGCCAGACACCACCCGCAGGUGGAGAACUGGAGUGAAGGCUUAAACUAUUACAGAACUGGACCGGGUGCUUUAACCUGCGCCGUUUUGCAUCAUAGUUUGAACUGAGCAACAUGCUGACAAAAGGGAUUCACAAUGGCGACCAUAUAAUUACUUUAUUACUUUUUUAAAAAUGACUUAUUAAAUGAUUCACAUUAAGUUGAAUACUUUAAUAAGCGGAAGAAGAUUGUUUCUGAUUUGCAUUUUUACGUGUAAACAUACAAAGAACAGGUUUUUGGACAGUGAGUUGUAGAUGUCUUGUUUUGCAUCUGACUGGUCUGAAUCAGAUGAUGUUCCUGCAGAGACAGUCUGCUAUUAACCUGAUAUAUUUUCGGUUUCUGACUCGAUGUUUGUCGUCAGUUUUUACGUGAUGCAUAGAAAUAUGGGUUUUAGCUGCUGUAUGAUUUCCCAAGCUGUAAUAUAAGUCGGUCGUGCAAUUAAACUUUGGUACAGCACUUACAGUCAGACAGUAUUAAAGGAGCGGCUAUCAUUUGUAAAAUGUGCUGAUGUCUUCCUUCUGC